AUGAGUUUUUAUACUGUUCUCGCUGCCUUUUUGGUUGUCUCAUUAGUGUCUGCAGUUUUUUGGGUAGCUGCUCCGAAAAAGAACCAAACUGUCUGGAGAAGCACAGUGAUUUUGACCCUUGCGAUGAUGUUUUUGAUGUGGGCCAUUACAUAUCUGAGCCAACUACAUCCAUUGGUGGCACCCCGUCGUUCCGACCUGAGACCUGAGUUUGCUGAGUAG